AACUUUUCUUUAUAUCAAUCCCUUCUCGUCACUUCUUUCUGUAACUCUUUUGCUUCUUUAUUUUUCUCAGUAUUCCAUCUCUCUCUCUCUCCUCAGUCUCUGCUACAUGGAGCUUCAGAUACGUGUUUUUUGUCUCUUCUUGUUUCUCCUGACUCUGCUCUCGGGGUCUCAGGCCUACACCUUCUACGUUGGUGCGAAAGAUGGGUGGGUUUUGUACCCUUCUGAGAAUUACAAUCACUGGGCUGAAAGGAUGAGGUUCCAAGUCAGUGACACUCUUGUUUUCAAGUACAAGAAGGGAUCGGACUCGGUUUUGGUGGUGAACAAGGAGGAUUACGAGAAAUGUAACAAGAAGAACCCGAUCAAGAAGUUUGAGGAUGGUGCCUCGGAGUUUCAGUUUGAUCGGUCUGGUCCCUUUUAUUUCAUCAGUGGAAAAGAUGAUUAUUGUGAGAAGGGUCAGAAACUUAUCAUUGUUGUGUUGGCUGUGAGGGAGCCUCCUCCAUAUUCUCCAACGCCACCAAAUCUUCCACCUCCUCCAAAAACUCCUCCCCCUUCCCACCAACCUUUUGUCCCAAUUCCUCCAACCAUUCCCUCUCCUAUUUCUCAACCCCCCUACACUCCUUCCCCUUCCCAUCAACCUCCCUUUCUUCCAAUAGCACCAUCGCCAUUUUCUCAAUCACCUCAUGUGCCACCACCACCCAAAACUCCAUCUCCUACUUCCCAACCACCUUACAUUUCACCACCGCCAAAAACUCCUUCCCCCACCUCCCAACCUCCUUACAUUUCCACACCGCCAUCCACCGCCCCUUCUCCCAUUUCCCAACCUCCCUACAUUCCAAAACCUCCAAACACUCCUUCCCCAACAUCUCAACCACCCUACCCUAAUGCCCCAACUCCAUAUCUCAAUUCCCCCAUCACUCAACCCCCAUCAUCCGCAUCAUCUCCAACUUCCUCAUCACCCUAUCCAUCCACCAUCCCUCCAUCAUACCCACCUUCCCCCUUCGCUCCGGCUACUACACCCUCCACUGCGUCACCACCAUUGCCGUCUCCGGCAACCGCCACUUCUCCUCCGGCACCACUACCGGCAGCAACAAGCCCAUCGCCAUCGUCUUCGUCGGGAUCGUCCUCCAACGAAACGACGCCGUCCCGGCCAAACGGCGCGUCGUCUAUAUCUGAAUCGCGUUUUGGAGUGUACUCACUAACCAUUCUGGUCGGUGCUGCUCUCAGUAACAUUCUUGGUUAGAAAGCCAAACUUGUUAUUAGUAUUAAUUUUUGUUUUUGGAACUUGAAUUUUUAUUUUAUUAAUAUUUUUAUUUGAACAUAUGAGAUAUAUCCAUUUUAAUUUUAUAUUGUAUAAUGAUAAUAAUAUGAAUUCUGUGUAUCUAUGGUUA